UGUCAUCUGCCCCAUCAUCCAGAUCGUUAAUCCAGGACUGGACCCAGGAUUGACUUCCCUGGGCACUGGCCUCCAACUAGACACUGCUCCACUGAUCACCACCCCCUGGGUCUGGCCAUUCAGCCAGUCUUCAGCCCCCCUCACCCUCUGCUCAGCAGUGGCUUCUCCAGGAGAAUCUGGUGGAGAUGGUGUCAAAGAUCCUACUGAAACCCAGGUAGACACUGUCCACCACUCUCCCCUCCUCUACCACGCCAGCCGCUUCAUCCUAGAAGUUCACCAAAAACCAAAGCCCAAACCUCGGCCAUCCAUCACAAAGACGACGUGGGAAAGCAACUAUUUCGGGGUGCCUUUGACCAGCGUAGUGACUGCAGAGAAACCCAUCCCCAUCUUCAUAGAGAGAUGCAUCGAGUACAUCGAAGCGACAGGGCUGAGCACCGAAGGCAUCUAUCGCGUGAGCGGAAACAAGUCAGAGAUGGAGAGCCUGCAGCGGCAGUUCGACCAGGAUCACGGGCUGGACCUGGCUGAGAAGGAUUUCACCGUGAACACCGUGGCUGGUGCCAUGAAAAGUUUCUUCUCCGAGCUGCCUGAGCCCCUGGUCCCCUACACCAUGCAGGUUGAGCUGGUGGAAGCCCACAAAAUCAAUGACCGGGAGCAGAAGCUCCAUGCGCUGAAGGAGGUGCUGAGGAAGUUUCCUAAGGAGAACUAUGAGGUCUUCAAAUACGUCAUCGGGCACCUGAACAAGGUCAGCCACAACCAUCGGGUGAACCUGAUGACCAGCGAGAACCUCUCCAUCUGCUUCUGGCCCACCCUGAUGAGACCCGACUUCAGCACGAUGGAUGCCCUGACGGCCACCCGCACCUACCAGACAAUCAUCGAACUCUUCAUCCAGCAGUGCCCCUUCUUUUUCUACAACCGGCCCAUCCUCGAGCCCCCCAGCGCCGCUCCUGGCUCUCCAUCU